GCCUACUCGGAAGAUGGAGCCGAUGGAGCGAUUCACCACCCACCAGCCUAGUAUUGUGUCUGCCAAAAUAGUAAUCAUGGCAUUGGCUCUGACAAGCCGCCAAUCUUCGGUGCCGGGCGGUAAUUGCCGCCGUGUCGUCACGACGUGAACGUGCUGUCGGCCAACCAAGCCCAGCCCUGUUCAAAUAAUGCUGGCGUGCCGCCACUCUCCCGCGAUUGGCGACGCCUCGAUUUUCCUUUUUUGUUUCAGAUUUCCACGUCUUUUGUGCCACAUUGUAAUCGCCUGAGACACAGUCCCUCAUCAUGCGUACCGGCAUUGCCCUCUCCCUUGCGGCAAGCAGCCUCAUCGCUCUGGUUGCCGCCCAAGACAAGUACGAAAUCACCGGUGUUCCUCACACCGACGAUGGUCCUGUCGGCGUUCGUCGCGACAUUGAAGACCUCCAGGCCGAGGCUGGUCCCCAGUGGGACCUAUACAUCCGUGCCUUGACUGCUCUCAAGUCUCGCGACUACGAUGACCAGCUCUCCUUCUUCCAAAUUGCCGGCGUCCACGGUCUUCCCUUUAUCGAAUGGGGCCAUGCUGGUGGACAGCGCGGAAACGGCUGGUUGGGAUACUGCCCCCACGGUGAAGGCCUUUUCCUUCCCUGGCACCGUCCUUACGUUCUUCUCUACGAGCAAGAAUUGGUUGCCGCAGCCAAGGAGAUUGCCCUCGAGUACCCCGAGUCGGUCCGUGACAAGUAUGUCCAGGCUGCCAAUGACCUCCGCUCUCCCUACUGGGACUGGGCCAAGACAUCUGCUGUCCCUCCUUCGACUGUUCCCACUCAGAUCACCAUCAACAUGCCUUCUGACAAUGGCACCACCGCCACCAGCGUCGACAACCCCCUCCGUGGCUUCGAUUACCCUGCUGAAGCCCGCCAGGGUAAGCUCGGUCGUUUCCCCUCAUCUCAGAGAACCACGCGCUGCAGCAGUAAUGGACGGUCCUACCCCAACAGCGCCAACGCCAACCUGCGCUCUCGCAACCUGAAGAGCAACUUGUACGCUGUUUACACUUACGCAACCACGUUUUCUCAGUUCUCCAGAAACGCCAACCGCGGUCUUGGUCUCGAGCAGAUCCACGACUGGAUCCAUCUUGAUGCUCCCUGUGGCGAGUCCUUCUUUGACAUUGGCACUUCUGGAUUCGACCCCUUGUUCAUGCUGCACCACACCAAUGUUGACCGUCUCUGGGCUUACUUCCAGUACAUGAAGCCCGCCGCUGCCAACUUGGACACCCGAUACUACGGUCAGUCCCGUUGGGAUACACCCCAGGGCACCAUCAUCACCUCUGCUAGCCCUCUCAGCCCCUUUUUUGACGGCGACGACAAGUUCCAUACUUCCGACUCUGUCGUUUCUAUCAACGGCUUUGGCUACACCUACGACGGCCUCAACUACUGGAACAUGACUGCCGACGACCUCAAGACUGCUGCUACUUCCAAGAUUAACGCUCUCUAUGGAAACGGCAACAACGGUAACAACAACAACAACAACAACCCUCCUGCGACGAACCCCUGGUCUGGCUUCCCCGGCUUCCCCAACGGAUUCCCUAACCGCAAGCGCGGGAACAACAACAACUUCCAGGGCAAGGGCACCAACACUCAGUAUUUUGCCAGCAUCCAGCUCGAACGUGCUGAGGUCGAGAGACCUGCCUCUGUUGAUGUGUACAUUGCUGGCCAAAGGGCCGGUGGUCUCGUUCUCAUGUCGCACCCUGCUUCUGGUGAGCUCAAGGGUGGAUUCACUGUUGAGAGUCCUGUUGCCACUGCAUUCUCUAUGCUUGGAAACAAUGACAGAUCACUCAGCCUUCUCGAGAAGUUUGUGACUGUCAAGAUCACCAAGCCCGAUGGAACCGUUAUUCCUCUCCAGACCGUCCCCAGCCUCAAGAUUGCCCUCGAAAAGGUGGACGUUGAGAUGCCCAAGUCUGCUUCGGAGCUGCCCAAGGCUAGCAACACCGAGUCGAUUGCCAUUGCUGCCAAGUCGGCCUAAAGUAUACGCUCGAGAUGACCCGUUGUUUAUGUAUUUACGUCUGUUAAGAGAUAAUGAAUGGGAUUAGGCCCCUUAAUGUUUAUAGUGGAAAAUUCGCAAAUAAUAUACAUCCCGUAUUAUAUUACAAAGCUUUGCGAAGCAUUUUGGUGGCCCAAGGUACCAGCUAUGUAUGAAAACGUAUCGUUGGCUAGUCGCAGCGCUGUGCGUACUAUCCGUGUUUUGUUCAGCAUUGCCGCCGCUCAUAGCGUUGCGACGUAUAUGACAAGAUGGGGUAUUGUAUUCAGGGGGUUUGCCUUGGGCCAAGAGGCGUCCACUCAUCCAACCUAUCUUACACCAACCUAGCGCGCUCAGAGACCACCUGAUGUGUUGGUUUGAUGUUCGCUGCGGACGUCCACAUUCGCUAUCAAAAGGUUAGCUGCUAUAGACGAUAGAGAAAAG